GAUAUAUAUUUCAUUCCAGGCCUCGUGUUUUAAUUGACGCAGACUCAAACAAGAUAUCGACUGGACAGAGAGAGAAAUAAGGAGCAAUUGCGCAAUACCAAGAGCACACCUCGAGAACAUCCAAGGUCCUGACAAAAUGAAGUCGGAAUUCAGCGCAAUACACACAAAGCAUGCCAUUCCAGACCUCACGGGGCCAUUCGACAUCACUUGCCCUCCUGGUACAGAUCUCUGGGACAAGCCUCCGGCGACACAUUCCAAUAAUGCCCCUAUGUUAUACAAGACAACGACCAAAGAUACCUUCCAGUCAGCAAAGGUGACGGUGUCCGCUAGCUGGAAAGACAAAUAUGACCAAGGUGGUCUCUGUCUCGUCAUCAGAUCCGGUGACAAUAUACGCUGGAUCAAGGCUGGUAUUGAAUUCGUACAUGAGAAACCACAUGUCAGCGCGGUGGCCAAGGAUAGAUGGUCCGACUGGAGUCUCCGGCCUCUCGCGUCGGCGUCAAGUUCCAACGCAACCAUUGAGCUGGAAAAUGCUAGUGAUGGCAGUCUAUGGGUAUGGCUCUUGGGAGAUGGGCAGAGACAUCCUCUCCGAGAGGUGACAUGGUGGGGAGAGAUCGAUGGCAAGACUGAAUGCUGGGUUGGGCCAUUUGCUGCCAAACCUGCCCCUCACGGUGAAAAGGACGAUCUGAUUGUGCACUUCGAGAAUCUAUCUAUCAAGACUGCAUGAGGCCUAUACGGAGGAGACUGUGAACUAUAUAGAUCUCGUAGUAAUGAUCCACAAGGCGCUUGGAAUCAAUUCACUGGCCUUGAACGCGUCCAGAAUGAGAAAACGCGUCCUC